AUGGUGAAGCUGAAGUUGAAUGGAGGUCCUAUUAGGAGUGAAUUGCAUGAUGCUUCAUCUGCAGACGUUCGGAAAGCCUAUCGAAAGCUUUCGCUGCUUUUACAUCCAGACAAGAAUAAAGAUGAGAACGCAGAAACACAGUUUAGGCAAUUGGUGGCCAUCUAUGAGGUUUUAAAGGAUGAAGAAAGGAGACAGAGGUAUGAUGAUAUUCUGAUCAAUGGACUACCAGAUUGGCGACAGCCUGUGUUCUACUACAGGAGGGUGAGAAAAAUGAGCAAUGCUGAGCUGGCAUUACUCCUGUUCAUUAUACUCACAGUGGGUCAUUAUGCUGUGGUUUGGUCCAUCUACCUGGAAAAACAGCUGGAUGAACUGCUCAGCAGAAAAAAGAGGGAGAAGAAGAAAAAAACAGGCAGCAGGAGUACAGAUGAAGCCAAACUUGCUGCUCUAGACAAAAAUGAAAGGGUACUGGACAAACCACAAUGGCAUGACUUACUUCCAUGCAAGCUGGGAAUAUGGUUCUGUCUCACUGUGAAAGCUUUACCUCAGCUGUUCCAGGAUGCCAGACAAUUAUAUGUAGAAUAUAAAGAAACAAAAAUGAAGGCGAAAGAAGAUGCCCUGGCUAAGGCUGAACUUGAAACAAUUCAGAAGGAGAAGAAGCCUAAAGUCAAGAAACCAAAAUCAGAAUUCCCUGUAUACACAGCUCUGGAAUCAAAUGCAUAUAUACCAUCAUAUGAUCAUGGAGCUUCAAUUGAAGAGAUUGAGGAACAGAUGGAUGAUUGGUUGGGAGGCAGGAACAGAACACAAAAAAAGAAG